GGAAGUGCACCGGAGUUAGUCGCAGUUCUAAAUGAAAAUGCCACCUUUGUAGUGUUCGGAUGACACCGGGACAUUAACGGUGAAUUUAAUCAUAUCUGAAAUGCCUACAGGUGCUCACAUCCGCCUUCCCCGUCGCUUUAAUAUGGUGAGCGCGGAUGAAGUCGCCAAGUUGUGCUACGAGCGUUUCAGUCAGCUUCCCCGCAGAGGGAAGCCUGAGCCGGGCAGAGAGUGGACCCUGCUGGCCGCUGUGCUCCAGAUCACCCGCGGAGCUGACUCUCAUUCAGUUGCUAUGGAGGUUGUUUCUCUGGGAACUGGGACCAAAUGUAUUGGACAGACCGCCAUGAGUCCCACAGGUGAUGUACUUAACGACAGCCACGCAGAGGUCAUUGCCAGGAGGGGAUGUAUCAGGUACCUGAUCCAGGAGCUGCACGGGGCUGUGAGCGGUCGGGGCAGCUCUGUGUUUUGUGCAGCAGAUGAGCGAGGAAAGUGGAAGCUUCGGCCCAGAGUUUCCUUCCUCCUUUUUACCAGCCACACUCCCUGUGGCGACGCCUCCAUCAUCCCCAUGACUGACAGCCAGCCUCAGCCCUGCCCUCCUGUCACAUCAGUAAAGGGCCAUGAACAGACUGAUGGAGGAGGAGACCUGAAAAGGAAAGCAGAGGAAUCCGGCGAGGAGCGAAUCUCUAAGCAGCCUCAUCUGGAGGAGACGGCAGAGACAAAGGAAGAGGACAGAGGAGACACAGAACAGCGUGGAUCGCUGAACUUUAACAAAACAUUGGAAACAUCCUCACAAACCAGUAUCUCUGCAGUCUUGGCUCAAACUGAUGGCACUGGCCUGCAUCAUCAGGUCUCAGACAUUCACAGAACAGGGGCCAAGUGUGUACCGGGUGGCCCAGCUGACCCUCUGCAGCCUGGGGUGGGGUAUCACAGUCCGGGCGUUCUCCGGGUAAAGCCCGGCAGAGGAGAGCCAACUCUCUCCCUCUCCUGCAGCGACAAGAUGGCCCGCUGGGGGGUGCUGGGCUUCCAGGGUGCACUGCUGUCCCAUUACCUACAGGAGGCGCUGUACUUCAGCACCAUGGUGGUGGGAAAGUGUCCAUAUGACCAAGAAGUCAUGCAGAGAGCUUUGGUCACAAGGUGCGCCUGUGUAUCGGACCUCCCUGCCGGUUUCGCCGUACGUCCGCCCGAGCUGCUCCAGGCCACGUUGGAGUUUCCUUUCAGCCAAGCCCAAACUGAGCUCCAGCACCAGGCCGGCCAGGGCCGCAUCUCCCCCUGCGGGGCAGCCAUCAGCUGGUGUAACGUAGCAGAGCAGCCACUAGAUGUCACCGCUAACGGCUACAAACACGGAGUCACCAAGAAGGCCCUGGGAACAGCAAAAGCCAGGUCUCUUCUGUGCAAAUCAGAGCUUUUUCAUUCCUUCUUGUCUUUGGUGUCGGCCACCGAUCCCUCGGCUCUCCCCGACUCUCUCAGGAAAGCAGAGCUGCAGACCUACUGGGACUACAAGCAGGCCUCCCAGUCGUACCAGCAGGCCUGGCAGCAGCUGCGCAGUCAGGCAUUCCCUCUGUGGCCGCGCAGUGACAGAAACCUCCUCCUUUUCCACUGACAACUCACUCUCGACAGGCUUGAUGACAAAGCAGCUUUGUUGUAGGAGAAACUCAGAGGUCAAGGGUCGCCCAAGGUUUGACCUUGUGAAACUCGGAUUUCAAACAUGCUGCAGAGAACAGAAAGGAUUGCGGCACCCUUUUAAUGAAAGGACAAGCUUGGCUUCUUUAAUUUGCGCUG